AUGACCACUACAGUGCGGAGAGAACGGAGACCAGCAUCAAUAUCAGAAAACGUAGCAGACCUCCACUUAGCGAAACGCUCCCGAAAAUCGGAAGGCAUCGAAAUGGACUUUGAGGAAGGCGAAGCUGAGCAAAUGCUCGAAGGUUGCAGCAAUGGCGACUCAGGUUAUCGUUAUUUAGAGCAUCCAGCGGACGUGCAGGUGCAUGCUUGGGGUCCUGACCUUGCUAAAGCUGUCGCGCAGGCAGUGACAGCAAUGUACGGCUACAUGACGGAGUUGAACAAGGUCGAUGAGCAGUUUACAAUGUUUUAUUCAGCUAAGGCUAGUGACCUGCAAGGCUUGGUACAUGCGAUCAUGGAAGAAGCCCUUUGUGGAUUCCAAUCGGAGCCGUUCUUUGUCGGCAAGGCAGUUGUUGUCGACAAGCUGGAUCUAGAAAAGUUCACAGCUGAUUUCCAAGUGGCUGGGGAAUGUUUUGAUCUGGCGAAACACACCCAACUGACUGAUGUCAAGGCAGUUACUUAUUCCAACAUGCAAAUACACCAAAAGGAUGAUCACUGUGAUAUUUUUGUUAUUCUGGAUAUAUAG